AUGACAAUCGACCCAAUAAUCACAUCGUUCCUCGAUACCGAUCUAUACAAGAUCACUAUGCAGGCAGCUGUGCUGGUGAACUUCCCCGAUAUCGAUGUUGUUUACAAGUACACAAACCGAACUGCUGCGUUUGGCUUGAAUGAAGCUGCUGUUGAUUGGAUAAAGACCCAGAUUAGCUAUUUGGAGUCCUUGAGAUUCUCAGAGGAUGAAAUAAAUUACUUGAAGAAAGAGGUGCCAUUCUUGCCAGCAAAAUAUUUUGAGUUCCUCAAAGAAUUUAGACUUGAUCCGGAGAAGGAAAUAUUGUACUCAGGCACUCCAGAGACUUUCGGUCUGGAGAUCCAAGGCAAGUGGUUAACGACGAUCAUCUACGAGAUACCAAUUCUUGCGAUAGUUUCAGAAGCCUUCUUUAAGUUCGUGGACACAGAUUGGAAUUAUGAUGGCCAAGCUGAAAAUGCUAGAGAAAAGUGCACCAAGCUACUUUCAAACGGAUGCUCCUUCAGUGAGUUUGGAACUAGACGCAGACGCUCCUUCAAGACACAGGACCUGAUCAUGAAAGGAAUAAUGGAGGGAGUGGCAGAGGUUUCAGGAGAAACUACAGGGAUUUUUGUAGGAACCUCCAACGUCUAUUUUGCAAAGAAGUAUGGAGUCAAGCCCAGUGGUACCGUUGCUCACGAAUGGAUGAUGGGCGUUGCGUCCAUUACGCAGGAUUAUACAAACUCGAAUAAGAUUGCGAUGGAUCGCUGGAUUGCUACUGUGGGUCCUGAAAAUACUGGGUUGGCCUUGACAGACACCUUUGGCACGGAUGCGUUUUUAAAGGCAUUCUAUCCGCCAUACUCGGACUACUAUGCUGGCGUCAGACAGGACUCGGGAGAUCCCCUUUUGUAUACAGACAAGAUUGCCAAUCACUACCUGAAUGUGCUGAAGUUGCCAAAGUUCUCCAAGGUCAUAUGUUACAGUGACUCUCUCAACGUGGACAGGUGUAUCGAAUACCAUAAGAAGGCUACAGAGUCAGGACUCAAGGCCACAUUUGGUGUUGGUACAAACUUCACCAACGACUAUUUGUCGUCCUCCGGUUUGAAAUCUGAACCCUUGAACAUUGUGAUAAAACUGAAGGAAGCCAAUGGAUACCCUGCCGUGAAGAUCUCGGAUAACACUGGCAAGAACAUGGGCGAUGUCGAUACUGUUAAGAGGGUGAAGCAGGAGCUUGGCUACACAGAACGUGAUUGGGCUGGGGGUAAUGAGGCUCACAGAUGGUGA